AUGCAGUUGUCAAUGCAUCCGUAUGGCUGUCGCGUUAUACAAAGAGUGCUUGAACAUUGUACUGAAGAGCAGAAGAGACCGGUUCUUGAAGCUUUGCAUGCAAACGUUCGCUCACUUGUACUGGAUCAGUACGGUAAUUAUGUAAUACAGCACGUCAUCGAGCACGGGAGUGAUCCGGAUAGAGAUCGCAUUGUACGUGAGAUCACAGGCAAUGUGUUGAGGUAUGCGCAACAUAAGUUCGCCUCGAAUGUUAUUGAGAAGUGUCUGAUCUGUGCUGCACCUCAUCACAAAACGAUGCUUAUCAACGAGGUUUGCGGCGAUUCCGACGAUCCAAAUCCGCCGAUACUGCUCAUGAUGAAAGACCAGUUUGCGAAUUAUGUUGUGCAAAAAAUGCUCGAUACUGCCGAUCCGGUUUAUCGUAAGAAAAUGAUGUAUGCAAUAAAACCACAUAUUCCUGUUCUUCGUAAAUUCAGCUAUGGAAAGCAUAUAAUCACGAAGCUGGAGAAGUACUUCCAGAAGCAGAACAAUAAUCAUGCUCAGCAUCAUCAGCAGUUGCAGUUCGAAUUGGGAGGGAUGCAGAAUCCAAAUGUGAACCAUGCGCUAUUGUAG